AUGAAUUCUCAAAGAGUAUAAUCAGUUAUCAAAUAAUUAGUUGAAGAAAAAUCUAAAAAAUAUCAACAAACUACACUUAAUCUUGAUAAAUUACAUUAGAAUAUCGAAAAAUAAGGUAUUGAUAUAUGUGAAGUAAUGUUUGCCAAUUAUAAUAUGGGAGUCAUUAGAAUAUUUGCAUGGUUUAUUACUAAAGUCUUUAGAUAAAUAUAUGAGAAAGUUUAGAUAAAUGAACCAGCCUUAUUGGAACUAUAGAAUUAUGAUUAGAAAACUGGAGGUCCCUUAAUUUUUAUGCCAACUCACAGAUCCUAUAUAGAUUUCAUAAUGUGCUCUUAUGUCUUCUUUUCAUAUAAGAUCAAGUGUCCACAUAUAGCUGCUGCAGAGGAUUUCUUAUCAAUGGCUUUGAUUCCAACAAUAUUAAGAGCUUCUGGGGCUUUCUUCUUGAAGAGAAAAUAAUUGGAAGAUAGUAUAUUAUAUAAAACCAUCUUUUAUGAAUACGUUUAGAGAAUCUUAAUUGAAGAAUGCUAUCUUGAAUUUUUUAUCGAAGGUACUAGAUCUAGAACAGGCAAGACCUUAAAUCCAAAGUUUGGAUUGUUAAGCAUUGUUUGUGAUGCUGUUUUCGAUAAAAAGAUACCUGAUGCCACAAUAUUACCAAUUACAAUAAAUUAUGAAAAGGUAUUAGAAGCUGACACAUAUCCUUAUGAACUUUUGGGAGAAGAGAAAGUUAAAGAGUCCUUACUUAGAGUUAUUAAGGCUAUUAAAAUAUUAUCAUCAAAUUUCGGAAGAAUUCAUGUUGGGUUUGGAAAGAUGAUAUCAGUUAAGGAAUGGUCAAAAUAAUAAGGUUUAGAUUCCUUUGAGGAUAUAAGAGAUCGUAAAAAGGGAGUUGAAAGUUUGGGUUACGAAGUGGCUUACUAAUUAAUUGAAGAAAUGGUUGUAAUGCCUACAGGAAUAGUUUCAACUCUAUUAUUGAUGAAUAGAAGAGGAAUAACAGAAGAUUAAUUAAUAAAGAGAUUCGAAUGGGUAUUAAGAUAAAUCACAAAAAGAGGAGCGAAGACUUCAAUGACCAAUAAUGGUUCAAGUGAUGUAGCUGUGAGAAAUUCAAUUGGAUUCUUACAGGAUUUGGUUGAUAAGAAGAAGAAAAAUGUAUUUGAAUUGACAUUGAUACCAAAACAAGAAUAUAAGAGCAUUCUAUUGUUAAGUUAUUAUAGGAAUCAGUUAGCUCAUAUAUUCUUUAGUGAGGGGAUAGUUUGUUGUGCUUUAAAUGGGUUUGGACAUCUGUUAUCCCAUAAGGAAGGUGUAAGUAUAGAGAGAUUAUGGGAAGAGAGUGACUUCUUGUUGAAAUUAUUAAAAAGGGAAUAUGUUAUAAGAAACAGGAUUACAUCUAAAGAAUAGAUGAUAAACUUCAUUUAAUAUAUGAUAGACAAAAAUGUCUUAGAAAAAGUUUAAGAUAAGAUCAGAGUUAAUCAACAAUUCGGCGAAUAAGCAUCUUAAUUUACAUGCUCACUCAUUUGGCCUUUAGUGGAAUGCUAUUGGGCCACAAUUGUCUAUUUGUAUUAAUUAAAAAGAGUAAGUGAUACAAGCACAACAUUUGAAUUGUCUGAAUUGAUUACUUAAAUUUAAGGAUUUGCAGAGUAGAUGUAUGGAGAACAUAUUAUGGAACACUACGAAAGUUGUUCCAUUGAAACUAUUAAGAAUGCCAUUAACACUUAUCAAACUAUGAGAUGCAUCAAUAUUAGCAAGAAGGAUGAUUCUGAUUAAGUAAGUAUUGUAUUUACUGAUCAAGAGUUAUUGGAAGUUGAAGCUUAAGUUAAAAAAUAUUUAAAGAAUAAUUAUUCUAAAUCAAUAUCAAACCCUAUAGAUAUUGCUAGAUCUUUGUUAGAUUAUACAAUUAUACCCAAAUUAUGA